AUGCUUUGCGAGCAGCGCUUUUCCCGGCCUUUUCUUGACGCGCAUCGCGAUUACAAGGAGCCACCUUGCGACGUUCCGGCGAUGUGUACGACGCUGCCAGUGGCGCUAGUCCCUGUCGCCGACGCCUUCGAGAGCUCACCACCACGUGAGCCUACUUUUGAUAGUCCACAGGAACUCGCCACGUGUCAAAUCCAACGGUUCAUACAGGAGGAUAGAGCAGUACAAGGGCCACCCCCAGCCGCACAUCCGGGGAGGGUUGGCGACGGAUCUGCCGCGGCUUCGCCAUGCCUGGUCUGCGGCGAGGACGAGGACGAAAACACGGUGCUGUGCGAUUUGUGUUUUGCGGGUUACCACGUUCGCUGUCUGGCGUCGCGCGGAGAGGAGGUCCACGUGGACAAGGACGGCGAGUGGGUGUGCGAUCUGUGCGAAGUGGAGGAGAAGCGGAAAGCGACGGUCGUCGUCGUGUGGGCCGAGGAGUGCGCGGAGAAUAGACGGACGGCGGCCCAGCAGCCGGCAGAUAAGCGGCUAGACGGCGAGCGGGUAACCGACGGGCGGAUAGCUGACGUGGACGUGAGGACGCCGUUGAAUGAUGAGCAGCAGUUAUUCGAGGAUGGGGAUGAUGACGUGGUUUUGUUGGAUGCGGACGUGGCACCCGUGCAAUCCGGCGUAUCUAGAAGCGAUGACGCCGAUGACGUGGUUCUCGGGCCACGUGGGGAUAAGGAGACACGGGACGGCGCGAGAAUGGGAGGAGAAAAGAGUGGCAGCGGCGGUAGCGGUGGUAACGGUGCGAAAACGAACGGUAGAGGAAAGGGCAAUCACGAGGAGCCGUGGUUGCAGAAUUUUGAGAAGCGAGGCAGCGGGGGAAGCGGCGGGAACGAUGGGGAUGACAGCGUGGCAGAGCACAAAGGCCAUUGGCUGCUGCAGCGCACGUGGCUGGUUCCGGUUGGUUAUACGCGUGUAGGGCCCAUGUUCCAGGCGAGUGUACCGGAGUGGACGGGGCCGCCUUGUGUUUUUAACGGAGCUGGCGCUAGCGGGGAUGAGGAGGCGCGGGAGUGCAAUCGACGAUACGACGAUGAUGAUGGGGCGCGGCCGCCCUUUGGCCACGAAGCCAAGUGGACGGACGUGGAGCACCGCGCUGAGAUUGACUCGUGGUCGCGAGCGCGCUCCUCUCGCUCAGCAGGCACUCGGAGAGCCAGUGCUCUUCGCCCUGCUGGGCCCACACGGACGUCCGACCGCGGGAGAGCAGCAUCGGCAGCAGCUGCAUCGGCCCCGUACUCAUAUGUGCGCAUGUCCGAACGCCUGCUGCGCCGCCGCUGCAGUCCGUAG